GAGGGAGCCGAAGUGCGAGUGCCGCGGCGGCGGCGGCGGACGGCCCAGCCGGAGCGCGAGGGGCGCGGGGCUUUGCGGGGUGUCUCGGUGCAGCCGCGGGGACUCCAGGGCCCGGAGGCGGCGCAGCCCGGGGCCUCCGGGAGGAGCGCGGGCGGCCCGGCGGCGGCGCGAUGCCGCUCGCCCAGCUCAAGGAGCCCUGGCCGCUCAUGGAGCUGGUGCCGCUGGACCCGGAGAAUGGACAGGCCUCGGGGGAAGAAGCUGGACUUCAGCCAUCCAAGGAUGAGGGCGUCCUCAAGGAGAUCUCCAUCACACACCAUGUCAAGGCUGGCUCUGAGAAGGCUGAUCCUUCCCAUUUUGAGCUCCUCAAGGUCCUGGGCCAGGGAUCCUUUGGCAAAGUCUUCCUGGUGCGCAAGGUCACCCAGCCUGACAGUGGGCACUUGUAUGCCAUGAAAGUGUUAAAGAAGGCCACACUGAAAGUGCGUGACCGUGUUCGGACCAAGAUGGAAAGAGACAUCCUGGCUGACGUGAACCACCCAUUCGUGGUGAAGCUGCACUACGCCUUCCAGACCGAGGGCAAGCUCUAUCUUAUUCUGGACUUCCUGCGUGGCGGUGACCUGUUCACACGGCUCUCAAAGGAGGUUAUGUUUACGGAGGAGGACGUAAAGUUCUACCUGGCUGAACUGGCACUGGGCCUGGACCACCUGCACAGUUUGGGCAUCAUUUACAGAGACCUCAAGCCUGAGAAUGUCCUUCUGGAUGAGGAGGGCCACAUCAAACUCACUGACUUUGGCCUGAGCAAGGAGGCCAUUGACCAUGAGAGGAAGGCUUAUUCCUUCUGCGGGACGGUGGAGUACAUGGCGCCGGAGGUUGUCAACCGCCAGGGGCACACCCACAGCGCGGAUUGGUGGUCCUAUGGGGUGUUGAUGUUUGAGAUGCUGACGGGCUCCCUGCCCUUCCAGGGGAAGGACCGGAAGGAGACCAUGACCUUGAUUUUGAAGGCGAAGCUAGGCAUGCCCCAGUUUUUGAGCACGGAAGCCCAGAGCCUCCUGCGGGCUCUGUUCAAGAGGAAUCCUGCCAACCGGCUUGGCUCGGGCCCUGAUGGGGCAGAGGAAAUUAAGAGACAUAUUUUCUAUUCCACCAUUGACUGGAAUAAGCUCUACCGUCGCGAGAUCAAGCCACCUUUCAAGCCAGCUGUGGCCCAGCCCGAUGACACCUUCUAUUUUGAUACGGAGUUCACGUCACGCACACCCAGGGAUUCACCAGGCAUCCCCCCCAGUGCUGGUGCCCAUCAGCUGUUCCGUGGCUUCAGCUUCGUGGCCACUGGCCUAAUGGAGGAUGACAGCAAGCCUCGGGCCACUCAGGCCCCCCUCCACUCGGUGGUACAGCAACUUCACGGGAAGAACUUGGUUUUCAGUGACGGCUACAUCGUAAAGGAGACGAUUGGCGUGGGCUCCUACUCCGUGUGUAAGCGCUGUGUCCACAAGGCCACCAACAUGGAGUAUGCGGUCAAGGUCAUUGACAAGAGCAAACGAGAUCCCUCAGAGGAGAUUGAGAUUCUUCUGCGGUACGGGCAACACCCCAACAUCAUCACCCUGAAAGAUGUGUACGAUGAUGGCAAACACGUGUACCUGGUGACGGAGCUGAUGAGGGGCGGGGAGCUGCUGGACAAGAUCCUGAGGCAGAGGUUCUUCUCGGAGCGGGAGGCCAGCUGCGUCCUGCACACCGUCAGCAAGACCGUGGAGUACUUGCAUUCCCAGGGGGUUGUCCACAGGGACCUCAAACCCAGUAAUAUCCUGUACGUGGAUGAGUCCGGGAACCCCGAGUGCCUGCGCAUCUGCGACUUUGGCUUUGCCAAGCAGCUGCGGGCAGAGAACGGCCUCCUCAUGACACCUUGCUACACAGCCAACUUCGUGGCACCUGAGGUCCUGAAGCGCCAGGGCUACGAUGAAGGCUGUGACAUUUGGAGCCUGGGUGUUCUGCUGUACACCAUGCUGGCGGGAUACACUCCAUUUGCCAAUGGGCCCAGUGACACGCCGGAGGAGAUCCUGACCCGGAUUGGCAGCGGGAAGUUCACGCUCAGCGGGGGAAACUGGAACACGGUGUCCGAGGCUGCCAAGGACUUGGUGUCUAAGAUGCUGCACGUCGACCCCCACCAACGCCUCACAGCCCAGCAGGUCCUGCAGCACCCGUGGAUCACCCAGAAAGAGAAGCUCCCCCAGAGCCAGCUGUCCCACCAAGACCUGCAGCUCGUAAAGGGAGCCAUGGCAGCUACAUAUUCUGCACUCAACAGCUCCAAACCCACCCCGCAGCUGAAGCCAAUCGAGUCGUCCAUCUUGGCCCAGCGGCGGGUGAGGAAGCUGCCCUCCACCACCCUGUGAUCCACAGGGCAGACGAACUUCUCAGAGGCAGAGCCCUUCCCGGAGGGAGCAGGCCUGUGUCACAGGACCAAGCCAGGUGGAGUCCCGAAGGACGUCAUCAACGGAGACCACCCAAGCGAGGGUGCGAAGUGCCUUCCUCCCCCGGACGGACUCUUCUGGGCCCAGGCCCAUUGUGUGAAAUCCAUUCACUGUACAAACUAUUUUUUAAGGGGGGGGAAAUGACGUCAUCUACCAAAAAAAAUGGCAUCUCUCAAAACCAUGGAUUUUUUACAAGAUCCAUAUGCCUUUUUGUCCACUGCAGUCCCAGGAGGAGCGCCGAGUCACGUGGAGACUGUGUGGCCAAGACCCCCUUGGUCGGCUUUGGGGCCCUCCCCUAAGCACCCCUCUCCUGGCCACGGAGCCGCCUGCACACACACCUCCAAGCAGCCCAGCGUUGCCUCUCAGAGCCGCCCGCUGACUAUCGGCAGAACCUGGGCCCCGGCCGGCUCCUUUUCCGUUCUCUGGGCUUCUAGAACCACUCUCUGCUAGAGCCAGGGACCGCCCUGUCAGCCCCUGGCUCCAGGCACCUGCACCCGCAUUGCCCAUCCACGGCGGGCCCCUGCAGUCCGGUCGGACAGCCCCGUGGAGAGGAGGUAGAGAGCACUUUUUGGCCGACUUCCUGUCUGCCACCGGAAGGAGUUCACAGGAGACCAGGGAGGUGGGCCACGGGGGGGGGGGGGGCGAGGGCUUUUUCAUUUCCUCCUCAGCUGGUAACUCAGGGUUCACCUGUCCAAGGCCUUUCUAAUAAACUUAACAAUCCGUCAAA